ACUGUGCGCGACACGAGCAGGUGUAUGACGUAAAACAGUCGGUCAAUGCAGUUAACCGUCCGCCAUCAGAAAACCUGUGUAACAUUUACACACAUCUCAUACCUAAAAACACAGCCGCGGUAUAUUCGCGUAAUUUCAUCACGCGGUGAAGCUGUAAUUACAGGAGAUUCAACAUGACAUAGGGGUCUUUGGAAUCUGACCUGACCUGCUCUGAACGGUCUCCUCUUUUUAGACGCCAGAGAAACAUUUUUCAAACUCUACGAUCAUGUCAAGUAGUUAUACUCCAGCCCCUGGGGGCCCUUUUUCGGCGCUCACUCCAAGCAUGUGGCCUCAGGAGAUCUUGGCGAAGUAUUAUCAGAAAGACCCCAGUAUGGAAUCCGAACUGCAGUACGAUGAUUUUGGGUUCCGGAUUGAUAGUGAAGAUGGGGGUGAGACACGAAAAUGGUUGCGUGGUGAAGGAUCCCCCCAGAGAGAAGACCCUCAGCAAAGACUUCGCUGGCAGGCCCACCUGGAGUUCACACACAACCACACUGUAGGAGACCUGACGUGGGACAAGAUCUCUCCUACCUUACCCCGGUCAGAUCGUCUUCGGACCCUCGUGCUGGGGGGGAUACCGCACAGCAUGAGACCACAGUUAUGGAUGCGUUUGUCUGGGGCCCUGCAGAAAAAAAGAACGUCUGAAAUUUCCUACAGAGAAAUAGUUAAAAACAGCUCGAAUGACGACACCACAGCAGCCAAACAGAUAGAGAAAGAUCUCUUGCGGACGAUGCCCACUAAUGCGUGCUUCAACACUUUUUCGAGUGUGGGGGUGCCCAAGCUCAGGCGGGUCCUGAAAGGGCUGGCGUGGCUGUAUCCAGACAUUGGCUACUGCCAGGGCACAGGCAUGGUGGUGUCGUGUCUGCUACUGUUCCUAGAGGAGGAGGAUGCUCUGUGGAUGAUGUGCGCUUUGAUAGAAGACCUGCUGCCACCUUCGUACUUCUCCUCCACUCUGCUGGGCGUGCAGACCGACCAGCGGGUGCUCCGACAGCUCAUAGUUCAGUACCUGCCUCGUCUGGACCAGCUGCUGCAGGAGCACGACAUCGAGCUGUCUUUAAUCACGCUGCACUGGUUCCUCACUGCGUUCGCAAGUGUGGUGGACAUCCGUAUCUUGCUGCGAAUCUGGGACCUGCUCUUCUAUGAGGGCUCCGUAGUGCUGUUUCAGGUUACACUGGGAAUGCUGAAGGUCAAGGAAGACGAGCUCGUGUCCUCUGAGAACUCAGCGUCCAUCUUUAACACGCUGUCAGAUCUGCCCAGUCAGUUAGAGGAUGGGGCGGCAGUGCUGGGAGAAGCCGUGCGUCUGGCAGGGUCUCUGUCUCAGGAAAGCCUCGAUGCACACAGACAUAAACAUCUAGCUUAUAUUCUGGCAGAGCAGGCCCAGCUCAACUCCAACAACUCCCAUUCCCUCAACACAAACCUCAACAAGGUGGUCCGCAGACAGAGCCUGCGCAGGAAGUCCACCCUGAGUUCGCUUCUGUUCGGGGAGGAUGAGGUUGAGGCACUGAAGGCCAAAAACAUUAAGCAGACAGAGCUGGUGGCAGUGCUGAGGGAAGCUAUCGGCCACACCGCUGAACAUUUUCACUGCCUGGACCCACGCAACUGCAGCACUGAUUUGACACCUGACUACUCUAUGGAGAGUCAUCAAAGGGAUCAUGAGAACUUCCUGGUUGUGUCUCGGAAUCGACGGAGACGAGCCAAAGCCUUAUUGGACUUUGAACGGCAUGACGAUGAUGAACUGGGCUUCCGGAAGAAUGACAUCAUCACGAUCAUCUCACAGAAAGAUGAGCACUGCUGGGUGGGAGAGCUGAACGGUCUGAGAGGUUGGUUUCCUGCUAAAUUUGUGGAAGUCCUGGAUGAAAGAAGUAAAGAGUAUUCACUGGCAGGAGAUGACACUGUAACCGAGGCAGUGAAUGACUUGGUUCGAGGGACAUUGUGUCCUGCACUCAAGGCUAUUUUUCAGCACGGCCUGAAGAAGCCCUCCAUAUUGGGUGGACCAUGUCAUCCGUGGCUCUUCAUUGAAGAGGCGGCCAGCAGAGAAGUGGAGAGGGACUUUAACUCAGUUUACUCCAGACUGGUGCUGUGUAAGACCUACAGGUUAGAUGAAGAUGGGAAGGUGCUCACACCGGAAGAGUUGCUUUACAGAGCGGUGCAGUCUGUCAACAUGAGCCAUGAUGCUGUACAUGUUCAAAUGGAUGUAAAGUUCCGCUCUCUCCUUUGUGUGGGGUUGAAUGAGCAGGUGCUGCACCUGUGGUUGGAGGUACUGUGUUCCUGUAUGAGUGCCGUAGAGAAAUGGUACCAUCCCUGGUCUUUCCUGCGCAGUCCUGGCUGGGUCCAGAUAAAGUGUGAACUCAGAGUUCUCUCAAAGUUUGCCUUCAGUCUCUCCCAAGAUUGUGAGCUGCCUACCAAAAAAGAGGAAAAUGAGCAAAAACCUCUUAAGGAGGGAGUUCAGGACAUGCUGGUGAAGCAUCACCUCUUCAGCUGGGAUAUAGACGGCUAGACCAGCGCCUCUCAUCCAUAUCCUGUGAUGUACAUGAAUAGCCAAAUCCCACUCUUCUUUUCAAAUCAUCUGCAGAAAUACAGGGACCAGAUAUGAACAUUUAUUUUCUAUCACAUUAAAAUGGUGUUUAUGUGUCUUGGUACAUUAUAUAUGCAGAGGGCUUUACUCUUCUGACAUUAUUGUCUGUAUGUAGAUGUAAAAAAGGAACGCACCUUUUGAAACCAAACUGAGGAAAGGGCCUGAGAGUGAUCUGCCUGCUAGCACUUCCUCUUUCUCUUGAAAGAUAGAUGUUGCACCAUUUGGGCAGGAUUACAGAGAUCACAAAUUAAUGUUAGACUCACACACCUUGUCCGUUUACUCUUGCUAUGUCCAACAAUUAAAAUCUUAAAAAGUUAAGAUCUUCCAAAAAUGUUGGAAUCAGCAGUCACUCUGUUGUUUUAGUGUGACUAAAUCAGCUCCUGUCUGUAAGCUCAAAUGAACAUAAAAUGAUAUCAAAUAAAAGCAAGUUUAAUAAUGGAAGGAGUAGUGAAAACAAAUAUACUGUAAUCGGAUCUCUGUCUCUCGUGUCCCAACUGAAAUUGUCACAGCUGAAGAGUGUAGUUUAAAAACACCUGUGGGGGCUGUGAAGAAUGAGUGAUUCAUUGUUGGCUGGAGUUACAUAUAGUUACAAAAGUAGUAUUUACUUUUUGUAUGUAAAUUAGAUGAAGGUAUCAUUAGAAUGUGAGUCCCGUGCAUUACUCAUGAAUUGCAGGCUUUAAGUCAGAAUGAUGUAGCAGAAUCUCUUCUGCAACUUUGUGAAACGCAACGUCACUGUAAUGAUUCCUUUUAGUUCCUGAAAUGGCUGCUGAACAGAAAAGUCUGCAGUGGUUUGGCACAACUCGCAGGACUUUUGAUCAUAUUUACAUGCACGGUGUAUG